GCACUAACGACGAAGCUGAAAUGUCAAUUCACCAAGGCACCAAUGACGAGAAACUGAAACAACAACACACAACUUCCCAAGGCACCAAUGACGAAGCUGAAAUGUUAAUUUACCAAGGCACCAACGACAAAACCAAAAUGUUAAUUCACCAAGGCACUAAUGAUGAGAAGCUGAAACGACAACACACAACUCCCAAAAGCACAAAUGACGAAGCUGAAAUAUUAAUUCACCAAGGCAUGCAACGACGAGAAGCUGAAACAAUAACACAUGCACCAACGACGAAGCCGAAAU